AUGACAGCUGUUCAGGUUGAGCCAUCGCGGUUGCACCCUCGCCGUCGGCCCGUCUUAAACACGACCCUCCCUCCCCUUCCGACCGACUCGUCUGCUUCUGAUUCAUCUGCGAUGCGGCUCAGAAAAGGAGAGACCUUUCACACUCCGACCUCCCCUCCAUCUGGUGACGCUGACCCGGUCUUGGACGUCCGUUCGCUGCCGCGUCGUUCCCCAACUUGCCCGAAGACCCUGGAAGCCAUCGCUGCUAGUGAAGAGCGCAUGACAUCGAUUCUGGGCCGUCUGACCCUCGAUUCCCCAGACGAGUCGGAUUCGUCCUCGAAAGAAGAGGAUCUCCCGCUCCCCCGUGGCUUCUUGGAGUCUCGCAUGGACUCCAAACCAUCGAGCCGUCGCUCGUCACAAUCCUCAAAUGCCGAGGGUCGUGAUUUGCCUGUGUCGCCGAGAGACAAGAAGUCUCGUCAAAAUCAUGGUCACGGGUCUGACAGCGGACUUGGGACUUCAAUUAGUAGCGAUGAAGCAGUGUCUGAAUCAGGUGAAAGUGAAGGCACCGUCAAUGACGGUAUCGAGGAACAACAAUCGGCCAUAACCAACUCUAUCUCGGCUUUUGAAUCCGGCUCUUCACCCAAGCGCCAAUUGGGCUUGAAUGCCUGCAAGCAAAUUGAGCGAUUCAUUCUGGUGCCUAUUCUCAAAGAAUCGCGAUUGAAGCCUUUCCAUACUUUGGUUGAAAGCGUCCCGCAACGAAUCCUCAAUAAGCAGAUUGUCUGCCUGCGCGAUUUGGAGAAAACCCUGUUAUGGCUGGCGCCUAAAUUCUCCGUUUCGCGCCGCGCCUAUCUCAGUUUCUGCGAAUUUACGAUCCAGUGUCUUCAUACCUCGGCAUCACAUCUUAACGAACGAGACCAACGUCUCCCGGCAGAUCGACCUUACACUAACGGCUACUUCCUUGACCUUGUUUCGCAGGUCCGACGCUACGCCGCCAUGAUGCAUGCCUCGCGCCAGCGAGUCCAGGCGGCCCAAGAUGCCAAGUCCAAGGACAAGAGCAUGCUUGUCGGUGCUGAAUUGAAAGGGGGAUUGUCGGUGAACGGCAAACCUGCUGAACUUGUGGUGAUGCAUGAGGGCAAGCCCAUUUCUAUGCGCACUGGACUCCCCUAUGAGGCCGAUGUUGGUGGUCCUGUCAAGCGUACCAUCAGCUUUGAUGACGCAGUCGAUGAGGGCGUACAGCGCUCUAUGGCCCGCCGCAAGAAGAAUGCUCCUCCCAUGGACAUCAAUCAGAAGUGCAGCCACUGUGACAAGGUCUUCAAGCGCCCCUGUGACUUGACUAAACACGAGAAAACCCACUCUCGUCCAUGGAAGUGCACUCUGUCGUCUUGCAAGUAUUUCCAGGUUGGCUGGCCCACCGAGAAAGAGCGAGACCGCCACAUGAAUGACAAGCACUCCGACACCCCGGCCUUGUUCAAGUGCAGCUUCAAGCCAUGCACUUAUGCCUCCAAGCGUGAGAGCAACUGCAAGCAGCACAUGGAGAAAGCCCAUGGAUGGGUUUAUGUUCGAUCCAAGAACAAUGCCCGUGGUGGCAGCAAGCGAGGCUCGUCGCUGCAGGCAACCCCGCAAACCCCGAGUGUUUCCACCCCGGCCUCAAAGCCCGUGGACUUCCCCACCCCGAUCACUGGCCCUAGCCCGUCUCCCAGUGACCAUGCGACGGGCUUGCCUGAAAACCCUCCGUUCAACUUUGCGGAUCCUCCUGCGCUGGCUCGCAGCGAUGAUUUCCCGCUGUUCUUCGACAACUCGCCCUACCCGACCUCGUCUGCUGGGUUCACCAACGAUGUCAGCUCGUUCCCGACUUCUGUCAACCUGGAUGCCUUCCAGGCCCAGUUCGAGGCUGCUGACCCCAAUGGUUUGAUCCCGGCGCUGGAGAUGCACCGCCAGUCAAUGAAUUCCAUGUCGGUCCCCUCGGCUGAGUCUGUUCCGGACCUGAUGGGACCAUCCAUGUCCUUUGAUGGAUCCCCUCUUGCCACCGCGGACAACACCAGUCUUAACUUUGACCUUGAGUGGAGCCAGUUGGACAUGCAGACCAUGAAUGACGACUACACUGCGAUGCAUAUGCAGCUCCCGACCCCGCACUCGGACCCCCAGAUGAUGAAGUCGUACUCGCACGAGGCUCCCCGUCUGGCUGCGCACCACUUCCCCCUGCCCUACGAUGCCACGGAUGCCGCGGGAAAAUUGUCUGGUCUUUCCCCUGGGGCGCAGGGUAACGUCACGCUCUAUUCCCCGGCUUCGGGCCAGGCAGACGAGGGACUCUCGGACCACUACGUGUACAGCAUGCAGCCUCAGGCUGGUGAUGAUUUCACCCUCUAUGAGCAGAACCCGCAGGCGGGCCAACGUGCUGCUACCAUGGCCCCCACCAACCACCAUGCCGGUCAAUACAACCAGCCCAUGUUCCCGCCCCUCGCUGAGCGUGUUGAGCGCGAGCACAUUCUGCACGGUAUCCAGUCCUGGGCUGAGCAGCAGCAUGGUGCACCCCACGGGGCCUACCUUCCUUCUGACAUGGAUCUGGAAUUCAUGAAAUAA